UCCUUUACCUUUAUUACAAUAAAAAAUGCGUUGUUAUAUCACUGUAAAAUCCAUAUUAUUUCUCUGUGUCGUUAGUUUGAAUAAUUCCAUUGGAAAUAUUGAAAUAAAAAACAAAUUUCGGUUCCCUUUUGGUGAUCCUCUUUUGCCUUACAUUGGGCUAUUUGUUGGGAUAUCAUUACCAAUUGAUAUUAAAAAUAUCGAUUUGUAUUUUACUGCCAAUAUGGAAGCAGUUUAUUAUUUACCAACAAAUGAAACAGAAUUUUCAUAUCCGCCAGAUAUUUCAAGCCGCUCUAUUUUCCCUAUAACCAGAUGGGAUUUCUAUAAAGCUGUUGAAGCCAAACUACGAAGACUUGGAUAUCCAGGAGAAGAUUGCCUUUUAAGAACCAUUUGUGAAGCUUCUGAAAUGCAUUUAAGCAUCAAUGGAGUUCUAGGGGAUUUACUGAACGUUGCUUUGAGGCCUUCAUUAAGUACAAUUGAAAACAAAAUGACAACUUAUUUGAAGGCGGAAAGUUAUGGAGAAAUUAAAAGGCACUGCAAAAAAUACAGCAAAAAUUGUCCAAUAAGUAUUUUGGGACAAAUUUCAUGGAUAGAUGAUAUUUAACUAAUAUUUCAUUUAAAAUUCAUAAGUCAAUAAUCAUCGUAUUAAAACCUAACUAGUAAAGACUACUUAUAUAGAAAAAUACGUGUAAUUAAUAAAUUUACCUUUUUAAUAGUAUAAUGGCCCUAAUAAUUCAUGCUAAUAAAUAAUGUUAAC